AGCUUCGUCUGGCCGAACGCUGCUGCGCCGCCGCCGUACUUCCCCCUGGACAGCACUACCUUCCCGAAGAAUCAAACUGCUCUUUAUGGCAUGUGGCGGGUAACUCUGCUCCUCCUGUAUGCUGUAAAUAAAGUGAUCAGUGAGGAUGUGGUCUCCACCAGGCUGUACUUUGUGAACGCCGUUCAGCAGAGAGUGACCUUCUCCAGCUCCCAGGGGGUGUCCCUGCCCUGCCCCGCGGGCGGUGCCCCCCAUGCCACCCUGCGCUGGUACCUGGCCACCGGAGACGACAUCUAUGACGUGCCUCACAUUCGCCACGUGCACGCCAACGGCACCCUCCAGCUGUACCCCUUUUCGCCGUCGGCGUUCAACAGUUACAUCCAUGACAACGACUACUUCUGCACGGCAGAGAACCAGGCGGGGAAGAUACGCAGCCCCAGCAUACGAUUCAAAGCAGUGUUCAGGGAGCCCUACACGGUGCGCGUGGCUGACCAGCGCUCCAUGCGGGGGAACGUGGCGGUCUUCAAGUGCCUCAUCCCGUCUGCUGUGCAGGAGUACGUCAGCGUGGUGUCCUGGGAGAAGGACACGGUCUCCAUCCUGCCAGUCCCGAGCGAGCCCCCCCAAAACGUGCGGGCCAUCUCGGUGACGUCGGACGAGGCCGUCAUCACGUGGGUGGAGCCUCCGCGGGUGACGCUGCAUGGCGUGCUGAAGGGCUACCGCGUCGUCUUCUGGUCGCUGUUCCCCGACGGAGAGUGGGGGGAGAUGCAGAACAUCACCACCAGCAGGGAGCAGGUGGAGCUGCGCGGCCUGGAGAAGUUCACCAACUACAGUCAGGUCCUGGCCUUCACCCAGGCUGGGGACGGGGUCCGCAGUAACGUGCUCUACAUCCAGACCCGCGAAGACUACCCUGGACCCCCAGCUGGCAUCAAAGCUGUGCCCUCCUCUGCCAGCAGUGUGGUGGUAUCCUGGCUCCCCCCUCACAAGCCAAAUGGUAUCAUCCGCAAGUACAAUAUCUACUGCUCCAGCCCUGGGUCGGGCCAACCGGCCCCCAGUGAGUACGAAGCUAACCCAGAGUUGCUGUUCUAUCGGAUCACUCACCUGAACCGUGGUCAACAGUACCUCAUAUGGUCUGCUGCCGUGACGACCGCCGGCCGCGGCAACAUAAGCGAGAAGGUCACUGUGGAGCCUGCUGGGAAGGCCCCGGCUAAGAUUCUGUCCUUUGGGGGGACCCACACCACUCCCUGGAUGAAGGAGGUGCGUCUGCCCUGCAGCUCGGUGGGAGAGCCCAACCCCACCAUCAAGUGGACCAAAGACAGUGAGGACGCCGCCAUCCCUGUCACUCUGGAUGGUCAGCGUCUGAUCCUAGCCAAUGGGACGCUGGUCCUGCGCUCUGUGAAAGCCGAGGAUUCUGGGUACUACACGUGCACGGCCACCAACACGCUGGGGUUCGACACCAUCAUAGUCAACCUCCUGGUGCAAGUUCCUCCGGACCAGCCUCGUCUGACGGUGUCCACCACCUCCACUUCCUCCAUCACUCUGGCCUGGAUCCCUGGAGACAACGGAGGGAGCUCCAUCAGAGGCUUCGUGCUCCAGUACUCGGUGGACAACACGGAGGAAUGGCGUGACGUGUUCAUCAGCUCCAGCGAGCGCUCGUUCCGCCUGGACAGUCUGCGCUGUGGCACCUGGUACAAGGUCAAGCUGGCCGCCAAGAACAGCGUGGGCGCCGGACGCAUCAGUGAGAUCAUCGAGGCCAAGACCCACGGGCGGGAGCCCCAGUUCAACAAGGAUCAGCCCGUUUUCACCCACAUCAACUCCAGCCACGCCCGCCUCAACCUGCAGGGCUGGGCCAGCGGCGGCUGUCCAAUCACAUCCGUGCUCCUGGAGUUCCGGCCCAAGGGCACGUGGGCAUGGCAGAGCGUCCGCACCAACGCCACGGUGGACGUGUUCCUGGCAGAGCUCCGUGAGGCCACCUGGUACGAGAUGAAGAUGAAGGCGUGCAACAGCGCCGGCUGUGGGAACCAGAGCUCCCAGUUCGCCACGCUCGACUACGAUGGCAGUACGAUCCCGCCAAUCAAAUCCCCUCUGGAGAAGAAUGACGACGUGAAGAAGCUGUUUUCCAUUGGCUGUCCCGUCAUUUUGGUCACUGUGGGCGUGGCCUUGCUCUUCAUCAUUCGCAAGAAGCGCAAAGAGAAGAGGCUGAAGAGACUGAGAGAUGCCAAGAGCCUGGCUGAAAUGCUGAUCAGUAAGAACAACCGGAGCUUCGACACCCCUGUGAAGGGCCCCCCCCAGGGGCCCAGGCUGCACAUAGACAUCCCCAGAGUCCAACUGCUCAUCGAAGACAAGGAGGGCAUCAAGCAGAUAGGUGAAGACAAGGCCACAAUCCCUGUGACGGACACAGAGUUUAACCAAUCAGGGAACCCACAGAGCUUCUGUACGGGUGUGUCUGUGCAUCACCCCGCCCUCAUCCAGAACACAGGACCCUUGAUUGACAUGUCGGAUAUCAGACCAGGAACCAACCCUGUCUCCAGGAAGAGUGUGAAGUCGGCCCACAGCACCAGGAACCGUUACUCCAGCCAGUGGACCCUGACCAAGUGCCAGUCGUCCACGCCCGCCCGCACCCUCACGUCAGACUGGCGCACGGUGGGCAGUCAGCAUGGCAUCACCGUCACCGAGAGCGACAGCUACAGCGCCAGCCUGUCACAGGACACGGACAAGGGUCGUAACAGCAUGGUGUCGACGGAGAGCGCCUCGUCCACCUACGAGGAGCUGGCGCGGGCGUACGAGCAUGCCAAGCUGGAGGAGCACCUGCAGCACGCCAAGUUCGAGAUCACCGAGUGCUUCAUCUCCGACAGUUCCUCCGACCACAUGACCACGGGGACCAACGACAACGCCGACAGCAUGACGUCCAUGAGCACACCGUCGGAGCCGGGCAUCUGCCGCUUCACCGCCUCGCCGCCCAAGCCCCAGGACUACGACCGCGGGAAGAACGUGGCUGUGCCCAUACCACACAGAGCUAAGAGUGAUUACUGUAACCUGCCCCUUUACAUGAAGUCCGACCCAUUCUUCAGGAAGCAGUCGGACCACCACGAGCCGUGCCCCGUGGUUCCACCCCGGGAGACGUCCGUUCGGAGUCUGGCCCAGAGGGCCUACCACAGCCAGGGCCGGCACCAGCCCCUGGACCCGGCCAAACAGAGCCAGAACCAGCCCCAGCAGCAAGCCCUCACCCUAGGCCACGCAGGCCUGGCCAGCCUCUCCUCCUCUGGAGCCUCUGGGAGUGGUGGAGCAGCAGCAGCAGCAGGAGGAGGAGGUGCGAGUGGAGGAUCUAGCACCUCCUCCUCGCUCCUCCAGAGGACUCUCACCAUGCCCGGCUCCUCCUCCUCCUCGGCCCAGAAUGCUGCCGCUGCAGCUGCGGCCACGGCCUCCUCCACUGCCGGCGGGGGGGCCGUGGGGGGGGGCACCCCCGGAGGGGUCUCCUCCAAGGUGGGGGGGUCCAGAGACUCUCUCAUGGAGAGCAGCUCCUCAGGACUGGGCAGACUUCAGAAGGGGGGGGCCGGGGGGGCCUACUCUAAGUCCUACACUCUGGUGUAGCAGCCAUGGACGUUAAGAAGAUAGCUGAACACCCUCUCCUCCCCCUCUUUUCUCUCACGAGAGAGGGGACAAACAAACAGACUCCCCCAUCCCCCCCAGCCUGGUAGCCUGACUGACUGGGUUGAGAGGGGUCCUUCAGCACCCCCCGGGAACGAUACGGAGGGUUCAGAGCACACAGGCCUGGCCUGCCUGAUUGAUUUUAUUCCCCGAUUUGUUUCUCUCCAUUUGUCUUUUUUAAGGCUUUUAUUUUGUUCUGGGACUCCAUUCCAUCGGUUUUAUGCUCUCUCUCUCUCUCU